UGCUUGGGAGGUCGGAUGGGCGCCACUGUGCCACGCGGCGCCCAUCGGGCCGUCCCUAAAUUAGCCCGAUUUGGGGCCGGUGGCUACCAAGUUUUAGCCCCGCCGCCGCCUGGACUCGAUAUGUCCUCCUCGAAGCCGGAGAACCCUCCUCCUCCUCCUUCUCCUCCGGCCGCGGCCGCCGCAUCAAUCUCGGAGGCCGACAACGGCACCGGAAGCGGCGGCAUCAGCAAGAAGCAGGCGAAGAAGGAGGCCAAGAAGGCGGAGAAGGCGCAGCGGCAGCAGAGCUCGGCCGCCCAGGCGGCGGAGGCAGAGUCCUCCUCCGCGUUAGACGACCCCCUGUCGUCCCACUACGGCGACGUGGCCGUGGAGGAGAUCCAGUCCAAGGCCGUGAGCGGGCGCGAGUGGACGGAGGUGGGCGAUCUGGGCGCCGAGAAGGCCGGGCGGACCGUCCUGAUCCGCGGGGCGGCGCAGGCCAUCCGGCCGGUCAGCAAGAAGAUGGCGUUCCUGGUGCUGCGCCAGGCCAUGAGCACCGUCCAGUGCGUCCUCGUCGCCGACGCCCGCCACGUCAGCCCCCACAUGGUCAAGUUCGCCACCGCCCUCAGCAAGGAGUCCAUCCUCGACGUCGAGGGCGUCGUCUCCGUCCCCAGCCAACCCAUCAAGGGCACCACCCAGCAGGUGGAAGUUCAAGUUCGGAAGCUCUACUGUAUCAACAGAGCGAUACCAAACCUUCCCAUUAACAUUGAGGAUGCUGCAAGAAGUGAGGCGGAGUUUGCAAAAGCUGAGCUCACAGGAGAGCAGCUUGUUCGUGUUGGGCAGGACACACGUUUAAACAAUAGGGUCCUUGACUUACGCACUCCAGCAAACCAAGCAAUUUUUCGCAUUCAAUGCCAAGUUGAACAUAUAUUCAAACAAUUUUUGCUAUCAAAGGACUUUGUUGGUAUUCACACACCAAAAUUGAUCUCUGGAUCAAGUGAGGGAGGUGCCGCUGUAUUCAAGCUGGACUACAAGGGUCAACCUGCUUGCUUGGCACAAUCACCUCAGCUUUGUAAACAAAUGGCAAUAUGCGGUGGGUUUGGGCGAGUAUUUGAAGUUGGUCCUGUAUUUAGAGCUGAAGACUCCUACACACACAGGCACCUUUGCGAGUUUGUAGGACUUGAUGUUGAGAUGGAGAUUAAGGAACAUUAUUUCGAGGUUUGCGACAUCGUAGAUAGAUUGUUCGUGGAAAUGUUUGACCAUUUGAGUAAGAAUUGCAAGAGGGAACUUGAAGCAAUCAAUAGGCAGUAUCCUUUUGAGCCGCUGAAGUAUUUGCCAAAAACGCUGCGACUUACUUAUGAAGAGGGCAUUCAGAUGUUGAAGGAAGCUGGAACAGAAAUUGAGCCCAUGGGAGACCUCAAUACGGAGUCUGAGAAAAAAUUGGGUUGGCUUGUUCGUCAGAAAUACGACACCGACUUUUAUAUUCUUUGUCGGUAUCCUUUGGCUGUGAGACCAUUCUACACCAUGCCUUGCUAUGAUGACCCGGCUUAUACUAACUCAUUUGAUGUCUUUAUUCGAGGCGAGGAGAUAAUUUCUGGGGCUCAAAGAAUACACACACCUGAAUUAUUGGCUAAGCGUGCAGAGGCAUGUGGAAUCGAUGUGAAGACAAUAUCAACAUACAUCGACUCCUUCAAGUAUGGUGCUCCUCCGCAUGGUGGCUUUGGCGUGGGCUUGGAGAGAGUUGUUAUGCUUUUCUGUGCCCUCAACAACAUAAGGAAAACAUCGAUGUUCCCUCGCGACCCACAGAGGCUAGUCCCUUAAACAAGUCCUUUCGUUGGAUCCCGCGACUCAAACAGAGUUUACUUUUUGUUUUUUUUUUCCCCCUCAAUUUGAAAUUUGAAUCACUCCCAUUAGUCAGCUUUGGAUGUAAACAUGGAUACUAAAGUGUUGCUUGUUGGCUUCUGUGAGAACUUGACCAAGCUGUGAGAUAAUCGUCAUCUAAACGUUUUUAAGAGUGAGGUGUUUUCUUUUCUUUUA